CCCUGAAAGAGACGCGCCCUGCCGGGACAGACGCUGCGCUCUCGCCGCGGAGCACCCCUCUAGCUUACUCGUCUCUGGGACAGACGCUCAGGCUCGUCUCUUGCCCUAGCCAAACUUGCUUUCCCGCCUCGCAAACUCCGGCUUCCCUCCACUCCCAGCUCUUUUCCCUCCACUUUCCCCUCCUCUGUCUCCCACGCCUCAACCCCCUAUCCCCACUCCUUUCUCCCGCCCUCUCCCUUCCCUUCUCCCCCCUUCCACUCCCAGUCCGCUUCCACCUCAGACUCCCGGUGCGCGCCCAACUCGGUCGCCCGCUCCCGUUCGGCUUGAAGCCAUGGCGGGACCUGGGGGCUGGAGGGACAAGGAGGUGACGGAUCUGGGACACUUGCCGGAUCCAACUGGAAUAUUCUCACUAGAUAAAACCAUUGGCCUUGGUACUUACGGCAGAAUCUAUUUGGGACUUCAUGAGAAGACUGGUGCAUUAACGGCUGUUAAAGUGAUGAACGCUCGUAAGACCCCUUUACCAGAAAUAGGAAGGCGGGUGAGAGUGAAUAAAUAUCAAAAGUCUGUCGGGUGGAGAUACAGCGAUGAAGAGGAAGAUCUCAGGACUGAACUAAACCUUCUGAGGAAGUACUCUUUCCACAAAAACAUUGUGUCCUUCUAUGGUGCAUUUUUCAAGCUGAGUCCCCCUGGCCAGAGACACCAACUUUGGAUGGUUAUGGAGUUGUGUGCAGCAGGCUCAGUCACUGAUGUAGUGAGAAUGACCAGAAAUCAGAGUUUAAAAGAAGAUUGGAUUGCUUACAUCUGCCGAGAAAUCCUUCAGGGCUUAGCUCAUCUUCAUGCACACCGAGUAAUUCACCGGGACAUCAAAGGUCAGAAUGUGCUACUGACUCAUAAUGCUGAAGUAAAGCUGGUUGAUUUUGGAGUGAGUGCCCAGGUGAGCAGAACUAAUGGAAGGAGAAAUAGCUUUAUUGGGACACCAUACUGGAUGGCACCUGAGGUGAUUGACUGUGAUGAGGACCCAAGACGCUCCUAUGAUUACAGAAGUGAUGUGUGGUCUGUGGGCAUCACUGCUAUUGAAAUGGCUGAAGGAGCUCCUCCUCUGUGUAACCUUCAGCCCCUGGAAGCCCUCUUUGUUAUUCUGCGGGAAUCUGCUCCUACAGUCAAAUCCAGUGGAUGGUCCCGCAAGUUCCACAAUUUUAUGGAAAAAUGCAUGAUAAAAAAUUUUCUGGUCCGUCCUACAUCAGCAAAUAUGCUGUAUCACCCAUUCGUUCGGGAAAUAAAAAAUGAACGACAUGUUGUUGAGUCAUUAACAAAGCAUCUUACUGGAAUCAUCAAAAAAAGACAAAAAAAAGGGAUUCCUCUGGUCUUUGAAAGAGAAGAAGCUAUUAAGGAACAGUACACCAUGAGAAGAUUCAGAGGACCCUCUUGCACUCAUGAGCUUUUGAGAUUGCCAACUAGCAGCAGAUGCAGACCACUUAGAGUCCUGCAUGGAGAACCCUCUCAGCCGAGGUGGUUACCUGAUCGAGAAGAACCACAAAUCCAGGCACUUCAGAAAUUACAGGGAGCAGCCAGAGUGUUCGUGCCACUGCAAGCUGCGGACAAGGCACCUAGGCCUCUCCAGGGUCAGACUCAGGCACCUCAGGGUCAGACUCAGGCACCUCAACGACUACACGCGGCAGCUCGGGUGUUCAUGCCACUGCAGGCUCAAUUUAAGGCUAAGGCCUCUAGGCCUCUGCAGAUGCAGAUUAAGGCACCUCCACGACUACGGAGGGCAGCCCAGGUAUUCAUGCCACUACAGGCACAGGGUAGGACACCUAGGCCUCUACAGGCACAGACCCAGUUACCCAAAGAACAGCAGGCUCAGGCUCAGGCCCCAGCAUCAGAACAGCCCCAAGAUCUGGACCAGGUGCCAGAGGAAUUUCAGGGGCAAGAUCAGGUCCCGGAACACCAUCAAGGGCAGGGCCAGGUUCCUCAACAGCAGAGACAAAACCAGGUACCAGAACAGCAGCUGGGGCAGAACCCAGCACCCGAACAGCCAGAAGUACAGGAAGAGGCUGCUGAGCCAGAACAGGAAGAAACUGAGGGAGAGGAACCUGAGUCAUUGCUAGUGCACGCCCAGGUGUUCCUGCCCCUACUGUCACAGAACCACCAUGUGCUGUUGCCCCUGCAUUUGGAUACUCAGGUGCUCAUUCCCAUAGAGCGUGAGUGCCAAAUCGAAGGGUCACCUAGGGCACAGAUCUGGGCCCUGGAGCAACCACAGGCAAUUGGCUCAGUUCAAGCACUGAUAGAGGGACUAUCAAGAGACUUGCUUCAAGCACCAAACUCACGUAACUCAAAGCCACUUGGUCCACUGCAAACCCUGAUGGAAAACCUGGCAUCAGAUACCUUUUACUCGAAACCCGAACAGGCACGGAAGAAAAAAUCUAAAGUUUUUAGUCUAAGGCAGGCACUGGCAAAAAGACUGUCACCAAAGAGGUUCAGGGCAAAGUCAUCACGGAGACACGAAGAGCUUGAACUCUCAGAUUUAGAAGCUGGCAGGCAAAGGCGCCAACGCAGAUGGGAAGAUGUCUUUAAUCAGAAUGAAGAGGUAUCGAGACAAGUUGAAAAUGACAAAGAAGAUGAGUCAUCAGACAAUGAUGAGGUAUUUCAUUCUGUUCAGGCCGAAGUCCAAAUAGAACCAUUGCAGCCAUACGUUCCAAAUCCCAGAGAAAAUGAGGUUCAAGACGGACCCAGUAUGCCUUACAACCAGGAUCAUGCAAAUGGUGUCAAGGUCUCAUCAAGUGUUCCUCAGCGAUCUCUUUUGGAACAAGCUCAGAAGCCCAUUGACAUCAGACAAAGGAGUUUUCAGAAUCCUCAGAAUUUCCCAGCAGCAUCAGAAUCUUCUUCUGAGGAAGAAAGUCCUGUGACCAGGAGGCGAUCUCAGUCAUCACCACCUUAUUCUACUAUUGAUCAGAAGUUGCUGAUUGACAUCCAUGUUCCAAAUGGAUGUAAAGUAGGAAAAAUAUCACCUCCCGUAUACUUGACAAAUGAAUGGGUAGGCUAUAAUGCACUCUCUGAAAUCUUCCGGAGUGAUUGGUUAACUCCCGCAUCUGUCAUUCAGUCGCCUGAAGAGGAUGGUGAUUAUGUUGAACUCUAUGAUGCCGGUGCUGAUACUGAUAAUGAUGAUGAUACUCGUGAUGCUUAUGAAGAUACCUAUGACCUAGCCAAUGGCAGUGAUGACGUGGAUAACCAGGUUUAUCAGGCUAAUGAUGUCUGUAAAGCCUACGAUGAUGAUGACAACAAUGAUGAUUCUGUUGAUGACACAGACAAUAAUCGUGGUGAUGUGCCUAGUUGGCCAAGGGCAAGCUAUGGCCGAGAUGGACACUGGAAGCAAGGUGUCUAUAAAAGCCAUAAAGCCAAUAGAAGCCAUGGAGAAAGUGCAGCCACUGGGGGCAGUGCAGCCAUUGGAGACCAAGAAGGACAUGAAGCUGGUAUAGGCAUUGGAAGAAGCAGCAGCAAUGGUAAUGGAGGUAAGGGAGUCAGUGGAACCAAUGAAGAGAGUGGAGCACUUGAACUGAAUAGAAGAGAAAAUUACUCAGAGACAGACCGUCCAAGAUUGGAGAGACUUGCAUCCUGGGACUUUGAACAUCAACAGGAGGAGCCAGGUGACAGAAGUGAGGCUUCAAAUGCAGCACCUGCUGAUGGAAAUGCUAAUGAGGACAUAUUGGAAUUAUCAAUACAAUCAGAUUUUUCUGCCUUCAAUUCAUCUCCUUCCAAAGAUUCUGGAAGGGUUACUGAUACUGACUUUGCCAGUGCCACCUUAUGUUCUGGAUUCGAGGAAAUGCCUGAGGAAUCAUCUAACCAACCUUCUGAAGUCAAUGUUAACCCAGUUUAUGUAUCCACAGAGUACAAAAAACCACUAAUCCACAUGUAUGAGAAGGAAUUUACUUCUGAGAUCUGCUGUGGUUCAUUAUGGGGAGUCAACUUGCUGUUGGGAACACGAUCUAAUCUGUAUCUGAUGGACAGAAGCGGGAAAGCAAACAUUACUAAACUUAUAAAGCGAAGACCAUUCCGCCAGAUUCAAGUCGUAGAGCCACUCAAUUUGCUGAUUACCAUCUCAGGCCAUAAGAACAGACUUCGAGUAUACCAUCUGAGUUGGUUGAAGAACAAGAUUUUGAAUAAUGAUCCAGAAAGUAAGAAAAGGCAAGAGGAAAUGUUGAAGACAGAAGAAGCUUGCAAAGCUAUUGAUAAGUUGACAGGCUGUGAACACUUCAGUGUCCUCCAACAUGAAGAAACAACAUAUAUUGCAAUUGCUUUGAAAUCAUCAAUUCACCUUUAUGCGUGGGCACCAAAGUCCUUUGAUGAAAGCACUGCUAUUAAAGUAUGCAUUGAUCAGUCAGCAGACUCCGAAGGAGACUACAUGUCCUAUGAAGCCUAUAUACGAAUACUGGCAAAAAUACAGGCAGCUGAUCCAGCGAACCGGUUUAAGAGACCAGAUGAGCUCCUUCAUUUGCUGAAGCUCAAGGUGUUUCCAACACUUGGUCAUAAGCCAGUGACAGUUGACCUGUCUGUUGGCUCUGAAAAAAGACUAAAGAUUUUCUUCAGCUCAGCAGAUGGAUAUCACAUCAUCGAUGCAGAAUCUGAGGUUAUGUCUGAUGUGACCCUGCCGAAUAACAAUAUCAUCAUUUUACCUGAUUGCUUGGGAAUUGGUGUGAUGCUUUCCUUCAAUGCCGAAGCCCUCUCAGUGGAAGAAAAUGAACAACUCUUUAAGAAGAUCCUUGAAGUGUGGAGAGACAUACCAUCUUCCCUAGCUUUAGAGUGUACACAGCGAACCACAGGAUGGGGCCAGAAGGCCAUUGAAGUGCGCUCAUUGCAAUCCAGGGUUCUGGAAAGUGAGCUGAAACGCAGGUCAAUUAAGAAGCUGAGAUUCCUGUGUACCCGUGGCGACAAGCUGUUCUUCACUUCUAUCCUGCGCAAUCGCCACAGCCGGGUUUACUUCAUGACCCUUGGAAAACUUGAAGAGCUCCAAAGCAGCGAUGGUGUUUAAAAGCUUCCUAUGAUUUGUUGCAAUAUUUACUAACUUCAAACGUAUGCAAUUUGCGUCUUCAGAUUUCUGAGAUUAAAUGAGCAUUCAGUUUUCUUUUUAGUGAAAAAUUAAAUCAGAAACUUAACUUUUAAUGUAGCACAGAAUAGUUUAAUGAGAAAUGCAGCUUUAUAUAUAAAAUUAACUAUAGCAAGCUCUAUGUACUGCAAUGGUGUACAAUGUCUUUUGCACAAACUUUGUAACUUUUGUUACUGUGAAUUCAAACAGUGCUCUUUGGACAGUUUGGACAGUAUCUGUAUUCACAUUUUACAACAUGGAGUAAAGAAUCCUGUUAUGAAUUAGAUUAUAAGCAGCUUUAAAAAGAAUUGGCCCUGGGUAGGAUUUUUCUGAAAAAGAAAAGCAUUGACAAACCAUAUGUGAUUUUUCUAAAGUCAUAUAAGGAACCAAAGGUUAGAUCAUGAAACAAAAAUCUUAAGGACUGUGUUAUAACCCAGACUAAGGUUGAACAACCUGCAUGCCCAGAGAAAACUAUAGUAAUAAAGAGGAAAAUGGAAAAUGCCACCCAUUUUCCUCACCUGCAUCAUGACAGUUAAGUUCACAGUUAAAGACCAGUUGUGUUCUUUUCACCCCAAGUUAAGCUGGUUUUCUCCCAAUAAGAAGAAAGGAAGAAAGCCUCAAAUGUUUGGUUUUCCUCAGAACCCCCAAAGAUGUGCAAUAGCUGUUUUUAUAAACCACCAAAUAAUACACUUGCAAGCCUGAAUACAGGACUGAACUCCUAUAUACAUGUACUGUAGAAUUAAUUCAUUUUUUAAUACUUUAAAGUAGGCGUCAAAUUCUACCCCCAUGAGAAGAUUGGUUGAUUUAUCAAAAUUAUUAUCUGGCCAACAUUGUUACCAUCAAAAAACAUUAAAUAUUUGCCCAAUCCCAGAUUAAACUAUAUAAAAAUUUCCCUUCAGUUAUUAAACAAAAACAAUAACACAAAUGCAAAAACUUUGCUAAUACCUAUGUUUUUCAUGUUUCUAGUUUUGUAAAAUCAGAAAUUAAAAAUGUUUCAGUGGUGUAGGUGCUUAAUGUUAUAGAUAAAAAAAGGAAAAGAUUUUCAAAACAUAUAGCUUGUAUCAUUUCUCUAUGUCUGCAAAAUUAAAGUAGUGAAAGUCAUUCUAGUCCAUCACCCAAAUAUCUUUAUAGACGCCAAAGAUAGGUGAUGUUUGGUCACCUAUGGUAACUGCUACCUGGUAAAAAGCAUAAUUUCUGCAUAUCCAUCCUCAAUACCAUGGUUAGUUCUGGGGCAAUAGAGAAGCAACAGAACUACCACAAAGUAUACCUCAAUAUAAUUCCUCUAGUUCUGCUUCUAAAAUCUGGAGACAGUACUAGUGGGAUAAUCAUUUUCAAACUACCUGGUUAACCAAAAUACAAAAGCAGCUGACUAUGUGUGAUUUCAUGAUAGCACACAUUAUUUCUUGGCACUCGGUGCCAGAAAUGAAGAUUUGGAUUUUCCUAACAACUUAUAUCAAGAGUGUAGUAGCUCAGUAAUGAGAAUUUAGGAGAACCUGAAUCCACGAAUUAAAGACAUAAAUGUGAUUCGCAUUUCUGUUACUGUGACACAAUAAUGUGAUCCUAAAACUGGCUUAUCAUUGAGUGUUUACAACUCAAAUGACUUUUUAAAUACCGUAGUUUAAAAAGAAAAACUUUUAUGUCAAAUUAUUUCCUUAGAAGUAGUCUUCAUUAUUAUAAAUUUGUACACCAAAAGGCCAUGGGGAACUUUGUGCAAGUACCUCAUCGCUGAGCAAAUGGAGCUUGCUAUGUUUGAAUUUCAGAAAAUUUUCUCAUUUAAGUAGUAUGUAGAAUCAAGUCUUUUAAUAAUUCAUUUUUUUCUUCGUAUUUACUCAAAGUUAAGCUUAAAAUAAGUUUUAUCUUAAAAUCAUAUUUUUAAAGCAGUAAGACAGUAAACUAUUUUAGCAAAUCAACUCCCAUUGUGUUCUGUGGCAGUUAAUCCAGUAAACAUAGGUAACAGUGAACUGAAUUUACAAAGAGAUCCCAAAGUAACCACACAAGAGAGAUUGUAAAUGUGUAACUGAGCUUUAAAUGAUAGGUGUUAAUAAAGAAAGGAAGCUGAGCACAUAUCAAGAAGGGAGAUUGAAAUGUUGGGUAGCCAAAUAGAAAGGACUGAAAAUAUUUAAAGUGGUUCAUAGGCAACGAAUAUUUCCAAUUUAGAUAUAAAUCCAUCAGGAAUCUUUUACAUCUUUUGCCAACUGAAACAAGAAAGUUAAAGGGACAAAUGAAAUUUCAUAGUCAGUGCACUUUGUAAUAGACAAAAGAAAUUGUGUCUACACUUCACGUAAAGCAGCAGUGCCUGGAUGCCCCAGCCCAUCACACAAGUGUGGAGGGGGAUUUCUGACUAGCCAGUUUCCCUAUCCCUGUGAUUGGAAGCAUGAAAGUUCUGGCAGGUCGUGAGCAGCACUAGGGACAGAGUAUCGCUUUAUUUUGGUGUAAUUUAGUUGUUUCACCAAAGCCCUUGUCCAAAAUAAAAAGGCAUUGUUGGAAGUAUUUGAAAAUUAGAAAAUGAUGGAUGAAAAGGGCUGAUAAGAAAAUUUCUGAGUGGUUACAUCAGUUGAAGUAAGGUAAGAUCCUCAGAGGAAACAGUAAGAAGGGGUGAUCAUUAAGAUAGUAAAACAAGCAAAGCAAAAUCACACAUGCACUCUCGCACAUAUAUCAUUAGAAUGCAUACAUUUUAAUGUUUUCAGUGCUGUUAGUUUCUAGAUAAGUUAAUCAGUAAGUGUUAUCUGCCAGGAUUCAUUUAGUUGAGACAGUAUCCAUUAAACUAGGAAUAAUGCCACAUGAAUUUAAUGGGAUCUUUUAAGUACUCUUUAAUGUGUUUUAAGAAAUUUGCCUACUUAAAUCAAUUUGUAUUCAAUCUGUAUUCUAGAAAAUAUUGAAUCAAUCUUCAAGACUGCUAAUUGUUUUAUCAGAAAAUCUGCAACGAAUCAUUAUUCCACCUCUAAAAUAAAAUUUUAAAAAAUC